AUGCCCACCGAUCUGGCCGAAAGGCUGGUCGACAAAGCAACCAACGAAGCACGUCAGCUUUUCAACGCCCAAUACAUGCCUCCAUCAGCUUCCACCGAAUUUGUGGAGAAGCUGGAGCGACAGCAGCAAAGGAUCAACAAUAAGCUGCGCAAGCAGAUCGAUCAGGCGUAUAAACAGAGAUCAUCCCACCAGCUUGUCUACACAUCCUGUGCUUUCUACUUGUCUCCUGCAGAUCACAUCAUAGCUAUGAUUGACCUUCUCUUUCCUCGUAUCCGAACGGUAUUGCUCUUGAUCCUUCUUCCGUUCGCAUGUGGCUACAACAUCGAUCCGUCCAUCGUUCUCUGGCGGCCGGGUCAGACCAUGGAAGAAGGGAUCUCGCGGAUCUUCAGCGCACUUCAAGAGGAUCCGAGUGAGCACGACAUAUGCCGCCUUGGGUCAGCAAGAGCAAUGAUCGACUGA